CAAGUCUCGGUGUUCAUUGCUGAUGAGGCUAGUGCGUAUGUCUAAAAAGGUGUACAUAUUUGUAAGCACAGCAGCUGAUUCUCAUCUAUGGAUGAUGUUAGUUCCGUUUUACAUUAUAUAAUACUACAAACGGUAUGAUGGGUGAUAACACCUAUUCCUCUUCUACAGCACAUCUAGUUAUUUUCGGUGCAGCUUACAAUUUUGCCAAGAUCAAUCAUCUCAUUCUGAUAUUUAUUGAAAUAGUAUUUUCAACAUCAGUUGAUGAUAAUGCUAAUAUGGAUGUCAUAAUUUGAAUAUGUUGAGAGCAAAUACUUCAUGCAUAUGUAUUGUAGGGAAAAUGUCAAAGACCCCUGCAAAACGAAAACGUCUUAGAGCAAGGGAAAACAAUGAUGUUCCUGGACCUUCUACAGAACCAGACCAUCAUCCGCUGUCCAGUGUGGUGCCAAUGAUUGACUAUGUGGAGCUGGCAAGACACAUUGUGCAACAACAAGCAAUCCAAGGAUAGGCGGAACAACAGUUGGUUACCGAAAACAAUGUACAGGGGAGCCAGCCAGAAGCUGCAACACCCACAAUGACAUCAGCAACAGUGUCAGGUGGAACCCAUAGUGUGGGGGCUUCCAAUGUCCUACCUGGGCCACAGUCUGUCUCUCCCAUGGACACCCCCAACAUUUCUAAUGUGGGUUCGAUUUUAGAUGUAGUUUUCUCAGGUGAGUCAGUAAGGUCUCCACCAAUCAAGAUGUUAGAUGCGGUACCUUUAGGUGCUACGAUUUCGGUUAAAUUGAAAAAUAAGAUUUGGUCAAAUGAGUUUGUUGAUUUGCGCUCACUUCUUCCUGAUCAAUCUGAAGAACCACUCUCUAUCACCAUCAAAGCUGGUAAAAUUGAUGUGGAGCACACAUCUAAAAACAAAUCACCCCUCAGCAUUAGUCAGUGGACUGAUGCUUUUUUGAUUUUCUCCACUAUUUACGUACAGAAAAAUCCCCAGGAGGCUCGGAAUCUGCUUAAGUACUGUUUUUCAGUGAGGGAGAUGAGCCGCAUAUACAUUGAUUCAGCCUGGAGGGGCUAUGAUGAGAGUUUUAGGCGACUCAGAGAAUCUCACACACUGCCUUGGGAAAAUUCUGUCCCAGAAUUAAUACUCAAGGCAGCCUCUAUGGGGUUUAAGGUUUCUGGAAAACCAGCAAACCAGACUUAUGGGAAACAGAAUCCUUUUCGUCCCUUCUCGGGUAAAGUCUGCUUCGCAUAUAACAGAGGUCAGCAAUGCGCAUCAAACCCCUGUAAAUACGCUCACCUUUGUCAAGAGUGUACCGGCAAACACCCAAAAUCUAAAUGUUUUCAAAGGGAAAAACAACAUUUCAAGGGAAGCAACAGAUGA